AUGUCUGCAAAUGCAUCUCUGUCAAUCGAUAUGGUCUGUCGGGCUUUUCAGGUGAGCGACUCUGCUUUCUUCGGCAAUUUCCAUGUAUAAGAAGCAAAAUAACAUUACCACCAAAACCGAAGGCGACUGGAAUGUCUUAUUAGCCGUCGUCAGCCAGCCACACCCAUCCCCAGGUUUUUGCAGUACCUGAGGCUCGAAAACGAGACCUGUUGGUUGGAAGUCCAACGUUCUAACUAUUGAGCUACGGACUCGCCCUAUCGAUGGUGAUCGGGUGUGUCAACAAUAUUAGAGGGGUUGGGUGUGGCGGGCCGAUUACGGCUAAUAAGUCGGAAAUAGCCAUUCCAGUGCCCCUUUUCUCUAUCGGUAAUGCUUUUUUGCCGCUAAUACGUAUCGCUCAGCGGCUGCUGACGCGACUCGAAACUGAGUUCUGAGACUGUGUCGCGUAACGCGACCUCUGUGAUUGCCCUUCCACCGUUGCAUAUACCCGCUCGCAACCGAUGGAACAACUAACCGGUGGUUCAGUGGUUAGGGUUUUGAACUUCUAACCAACAGGUCGCCGGAUUAAUCCCCAGGGACUGCACACCUCGUGAUUGGGUAUAAACGGCUGCCGUCGGCCAAUAAGCCAGAAAUGGCCAUUCCAAUGUCCCUUGUCUUUGUCGGUAAAGCUAUUCUGCCUACAUUACGCGUCGCUAUGCGACUAACACCACACAGCUUGAAAGUUUUCGAAGCAACCAUCCGGGAGUUCAUAAACGAAACCGUGUGAAGAUACUCUUCAAACGGAUCCAGGCUCAUUGCAGCAAACCGGAGGAAGGAGCACGUGAGACCCGUUAUCUCCACGACCAGCUUGUGUAAAAUGUCUAUCCGAAGGUAUUUAUUAGUCUCUGCCUAUGCGGUCGCCCCCAGAUGACCCAAACAUCAACACCACCAGUGAUAGGCCAUUGUCUGUCAUACCUCAAGGACGUUUCAGAAGCAACCGAGCACACCGCUGCGGAGCUAGGUGUUGGAAUUGCACUCUGCCUCAAAGCCAUCAUACUAAGUAGGGUCAUAAAAACCAAAGACCAGUUAAAACCUGAGGAGAAAUCUGGAGUAGUAAAUCGCAUCCCGUGCCAAAACUGCUUUUGCAACUACACAGGCCAGAUUGGACGCAUGCUUGGAUUGUGCACACACGAACAUAGGUCGGGUGUGUGACGAGGCGACGCAUCAUCACAAGUGGCUGUCCACACCUUCGAAAUGGGCCAUGAGUUGAACUUCGCGACCAAUAAAAUAAUUGCUUAUGCCGGAAAUAAAACGGCCUGAGAAUAGAUUAAAGCCUGGACCUCAGACGAAAACUCACUUAAUCGAUUUAUCGAUCUGGUGCCGGCGUAUAGAGCCCUGCGCAGUCGCCUCCAGUCUUGCACCGUCGAUCGAUGAUUGGCUUACGCUCCCUAUAACUGUCACUUGUGCUGUUGCUGCUACUAUCUCUGACGAUGGGCCUCUGCACGAUUUCGAAGCUCAGAAUAAUAAACAAAAUGUUCCAGUGCUCGACCACCCUUCUUCACUUAAUAAUCAAGAUAAUAACAUGCAUUUGCGUACAUAGAGGAUGUCACCCUUACUGGCGGGCUAUCGCAUCUAAGUCUAUUCAUAUGGUCAAGACUGUGGAGGAAGGUGGUUGUCACGGUUGAAAAUAUUUUCCCGUCCCUUGUCUGCCGCCGGUGUCCACUAACCUCCCGCGUUGUUCAUCUUUGCCGUCCAAAGUCCCGCUCACCUUGACCCUGUCCCCCCGCGUGCCCGUUACUAUCUCUGUGGUCAUUAGUUGCUAAGUCAGCUCCGGUGUCUUCGCUCAUGUCUGGCCGGCGAUCGCACGUGUCGACGUUGACACAUCAUCUGUUUUCAUGUCCGCCUGCGUUCAAGCCCGAUAGCUCGAGUUUGCGCUUUUCGGUUUUUUUUCUCCAACUGCAUUCUUGUGGGGUAUACGUUCACGCCCACUUCUACCCCUGCUGGUCCUUGAACUAUCGCUGGUGCAUCCGGUCAUUUUUCCGCUACACUGAUCUGCUCUCGCAGGAGGGCCCACCCAACUGUUGAUGGCGGUCACUUCGGUGUACUAAGCCUUGAGUUUGUCCUCUGAUUAUUUGAUCGUUCCCUCAGCCCAGAAUUUAAGGAUCCCAGAAAACGAAUUUGCCUUCAGUAUUUUUGCUAAUCCGGAAUAUGUUCUGUUAGAAUAACCAACCUAAACGCUUCAGUCGUUUUAUAAGAGAGAAAAAUAAUUCGCUUUUGGCAAUUUUGAAAACUCAAAUAGGCCAUAUCGCGUGUCAGAAUCCGACAUUUUUUCACAAAUCUAUCCUUGAAUCUGAUAGAUAGAAGACUAGGUAAACAAUGUCUGUUUGUGCAGAGCGUCUUCCAAUGCUUGAAAACUAACCUUUCAGGAGGUACCGGGAACACAGCAUAUCAGCCUAGACUCGGAAACCCUGAAAUCUGUCCGUUCUCAUUUGCCUAUUGUUAUGUUUCCUUCUCAACUCAUUCUGAUUUGACCGGCUGCAAAGUUUUUGCUCGCACGGCCGCGUCUUCUUUUUCUGUUCUCUUCCUUUCAGCUUCCCUCCAACAUGCCUCCUUCGCGCUACCUAACUGCCUAUCUGCGCACGCUUGUCAACGUCAUUUUCACGUAUCUGAUACCGCGUUCAUUGAAGGUAUGAUUGAUGCGGCCUGGCCUCCGUGUAUGUCACUUUGGCUAUCUUCCUCCUUUACUGACCGUGGUUCUCGGCUCAUUUCAUUAUCGGUCCGUUUGUUUACAUCUUUUUACAGAAAUGUUACAAGUGUUGCGUGUCACAAGGGGCAAUGCAUGGAGUCGUGUAUAUGCAUCAUCAAAGCUGGCGUACCAUAGUAGAUAAACACCGAAAGGGUGAGUCUUUAUUGCCAAGGGUAUUUGAAAAAUCGCGUUUUUGCUGUCCGUUCGGUUAAUUCACUGUGUUCUCAGCGUGCUUUGAAGUGUAACCUUGCCUCUUUUACUACUAAGCUGUAGUUUGUCAGUUGCGGGGAAAAGGGAAUAGAGUUGCCUCGGGGACGGCGGUGGCACACGCAUAAUCCCAUUUACAGUGAGGGAGACGUGAACAACAUGGAAGCCGUUCUCCAUUCAUACAUUCAUCGUUCUCCAGUGGCAAAGCUGUGGACAAACAGCCUGGAGGUGGACUUGGAAACAAUAAUCGCUUUUAAUCAAAGUCUUCAUCUACGCAUGCCACAUACUGUCUAGUCUUAUCCAAAAUGAGCGAAUCUCGUAGAUGACAGUUGUCAAUGAGGCCGCAGUAAGAAUUACCUGUAGCAACAUUACUUUGAGGUCGCAGGAUGACCGAGUUGUGAUGCCAAUCGACAGUUUUUUCGGAUGUGAUUUUAGCCCGUCGGGCCACUUUGCAAGCACUCCAGAUCUAUAAGGGGGGGGGGGGAAGAGAGACGUUCACCGGGAGAGAUUUAUUAGUGCUCUGACGUCUCGAGUAGUUACUUCGGCUACCCAUAUUCAGAGACUAGGAAGCCAUGCGCAAAGUCCUCCUUACCUGGCGCACUGUUCGAUGCGCGGCCCGCCAAUGCGGCCUGUGUGGCUGCAUCCUACCCGCAUGUCAUCGUGACCUGCAUCGCCCCCGCCCUCGUCGGUUGCGGAGAUAGCCGACAGCCCCAGUUGUCCCGCACCAUGACUGUCCCUCGCCAAGAAGUUCCGUAAAAACAGAUAUCGGGGGGGGGGGGGGCAAAUUAAUAUGGUGGUUGACGGAGCAGUUGGUGGACAUCCAGGCUUCUUACACUUUCCUCGCUGUAUGAUCAUCGCCUCGGCCCAUGAUCUCAACGGCCUCAAAGUUGAAGAUGUGUCCCACUUUGGUGUGUACGUACGCUAUGCCGACGGGUGGAACCUCAUUACAGCACGCCAGCGGCUAAACUGGACGGGAUGGAGCUCCUCCAAGAACUCUUCAGGGCUAACGGAUAUCCGCGAUCAUUCGUUGAACGGAGCCGAAUGCAACAAAGGAAACGGAAUGAAGAGCAUGGUCAGCCAAAAUCGUGGCGGAGCAUUCCGUGCAUAAAAGUGGUCUCUGAAGCCGUGGCUAGAUCUCUUGCUCCACUCGGAAUAGGAGUUGCUCACAGGUCUGCUCCAAGAGUCCGCCAGCAAGUGGUGCGACCAGAAGACCCUACUACUAAAUAGGAGAUGUGCAACUGCGUUGAGAAACCCAGCCGCCGGCUGAAAACGUAAACGCACGGGCACAAGUUGACCGUGAAAAGCUUGGACUCAAAGUUGGAGGUAGCAACCUAUGCCUCGCAAAUGACACACAUCAAUCUUGAGGCCGUGGAGAUCGUGGGCCGAAACGAUGAUCAUACAUCAGGGAACGUGUAAGAAGCCUGGAUGUCCACCAACUGCUCCGUCAACCACCAUAUUAAUUUGCCCCCCCCCCCGAUAUCUGUUUUUACGGAACUUCUUGGCGAGGGACAGUCAUGGUGCGGGACAACUGGGGCUGUCGGCUAUCUCCGCAACCGACGAGGGCGGGGGCGAUGCAGGUCACGAUGACAUGCGGGUAGGAUGCAGCCACACAGGCCGCAUUGGCGGGCCGCGCAUCGAACAGUGCGCCAGGUAAGGAGGACUUUGCGCAUGGCUUCCUAGUCUCUGAAUAUGGGUAGCCGAAGUAACUACUCGAGACGUCAGACCUGUAAUAAACCUCUUUUGGUGAACGCCUCCUCGUCUUUUGAUAUACCACCCGCACAUCGUAUCUUCACUACUCCAAAUCUAUUAUAGUAAUGAAAUCUAUUGCAACAGCGACUUUACUCUCGCCCCUUAGUGGCACGGUGGGCAGCAUAGAGGUGCUCGGGGUGCAAAUUACGUGACCUAUAUCCCCUGCUUAAAGCGUACUACUCAGUUGUCUGGUCUGCAACGGUGCACAUGAUGUUUCGCCUUCUAAUGCUGUCAAGACUCGCCUGCCUUCCUUUCUCUUUCGGAUGGAUCCCUAGGGCUCAUAUAGACUUAGUGUCUUAAAAUAUACAGUGAAUACCGCCACAAAUCUUCGUGGGUGCAUUAUUUGUCUGAUCUGGACAUUGGUGCUUAAUUCGGAUGGGCUAAUUUUUACGCAGAAAAGUUUUGGUUAGAACAUCUUUAAUUCUGUACGUGCCUUGUCCGGAAAAUUUCACCUUAUUCUGAUUCCUGCCGCCAUCGCAAGUUUUUGGGCCUCAGGUAAACCUCUUCAAUACGCUUUAUGUCAAAACCAUUGUUGGUACAGAGUUCGACACUUUUUAGGCUUAAAAAACAAGAGUUUUGCUUAGACUGCGCGGAAGAAAUGUGGUUUAUCCCUGAAAUUCUCUUAGAGAACAAGAUACCCAUUUUCAGGGAACUUAAUUCGAUUACGAAAGAGGGUUGUUCGUUAGUUUAUAUAGUACUUUAUAUUUGCUUAUUCCUGGGAUAAAUGCUGAAUAACUUGCACAUCCAAAUCUUGCGGUUCCAUACACCUUGUUCCUUAGAUCGCAACCUGACAUGCAUGUGGAAAACGCUGAAAAGUACGAUAUGCUAGUCUUGCUUGAUUACCACUCGAAAGGCACCCACUACCAUUCAACUGGUAAGAUAUACACCACAUUGAUGAAUAAGAUCUCGAGCUGGCGGUAUGCCAUUUAAGUACAAAAGCAUGUGAGCGCCUAGAUGAUACGAAGGAAAGGAUCCCGUAGGCUGUUCAUUAAAAUUACCUGGAAUACGUGACUACCCUCUUAAAGCGUCUUCGAGAAUUUAUAUGUUUAGAGCCCUCGAGACUAUACUGAAACAAACAGCAAAUUUGAAUCGGCUGUCAUUACGCAUCACCCACAGAUAUGCUUGAAACCAGCAGCUUCCGUGGUCCUCUCUCGGAGCAGGAGUUUGUCGACCUCACUGACUGGGGUAGAGUGGUGGCACCCCGCGACGUAUCAGUUGACUUAUCAGCACUCCCCCAGCGCGUGGGGGCGUGCCAUGCCCAACUUAUCUGCAAACGGAGCGGUUGCUACCGUCUCUUGUCUUCCCCCAAGUCCCUUGUCUGUCCUCCCUCUGUCUAUCCGGUCCUCCCAUCUGCCGUUCAUCUGAGCUACUUGAGCGUUGCACAGAGAUUACGCUGUCCGGGCGGUCUCACCGACUUCAUGCGCCACUUGCACACCUUUGUGAGUUACUGCUAAAUUAUGCCUUUGUAAUGCCCUAGGCCUGUUUGUCAAGUUGAUGGGCACAACGUGACUUUACUGCUAGUUCCCUUUCAUCGUCAAGCAAUAGUCUUGCUUGUGUGUUGGCUCGCGCCGACAAGUCCACAGUACUUCGAAUGUGGGCUUCGGCUUGCGAUGCUACAAACAGACUCGCUUAUCAUGUGCGAUGCUCCUUGAAAUAAGUCUCACCUCUACCUAAGAUAUGGAAGUCUCCAGCUGGCCUUAAUUAACAGUGGUUUCGUUUGUCCCGCAGUAUGCACAGUUGUGUGCAUAAUAUUGUUCUCUCAGACUACAGGUCGUGAUUACAGAAAGAGCGCUUGGUUGGUAGGCCUGUUUGGCGCCGAGGUCUGUUCUGAACUCAAGCCUGCCCACUUGCAAUCCUAGUUUACAGCUUCAAAAUAGAUCCGAGCUGUCUUUCCGCUUUAUUAAACUGAAAGCAAGGCCCCGGAUUUCGAAGAAAUACUCCUUAACCUCUGCAUGUGGACAUAAUUUCCGUCAGUGGUGCACACCGUGAUAGUGUCGCUUGAAUGCUUCCAUAGGAGUGGGGCUCAUCGAUCAAUCCUAGAUUCGAGACAGAAUGGGGACGCGCCGCUUUGUUUUGGAUCUGCAGUCUACAGCGCUUGCAGGCAGUCGCAUAGCGUCACUCUAACGUGACUUUGGACACCCUUCAUCCCACUCAACGAGGUGUAGGCCCGCGGCUCGAAUGGCGACCAAAAGAGCCAGGACUGAGACUUCUGGUCCUCCAGACCUUGGAUAGUCUGACUACGGCAAAUAUGCAAUAUGCGGUCAUUCCAGCUUGUCUGGCCUUUGCGGUAACGCUAUUCGACUACUCCUACGUCCGUUGAAAUAGUCCCCUCUGAGUCGCAAUCCGGCCGAAGUGGAUAACACUUACUCUAGCGGCUCCUCUAUCCUCAUUUAGUCAUGUACUUUGUAGGCUGGGCCUUAUGUCGCAAUCACAAGCUGCUAGCUACCAAUGGUAGUUUUGGUAGACUCUAACUUUUACGUGAUUCAACUAAAAUUUUCCGGCGCCCCUGAAGACUUUUGGACACUUGCCCUCCACGGGUCUGUACAAUGACAAAAUUUAGAGGGAGCUGUUGGGGGCAGGCAUUUUAUUGUGAAAAGAUAAACUUGGCAUAGAAGGCGAUGCUAUUAGCGGAAGAAACUGCGUCGAUCAUUUUGUCUAUUGGAUAGCACUUUAAACAAAUUGCCGACGUCCCAGAUGCUCCUCUCUCAACUAUCUUUGUUCACUGCAAUUAUAAUGAGAAAAGUUACUGCGGCAUGUGCAGCAUUCGACUUCCUAAAGCCACACUGCACUUCCAAACAACAGGCAUUUUUUGAUGUUGUAAUUGAACAUCGACGCAUUCGUCGCGUGUUUUAACUCAGUUGUGAAGCCUAUAUACGUAAAACGGUCCGCCAUCCCAUUGCUCUUUUGCAUGAUCAUGUUCCAGAUAAGACGUUCUGUCCGGAAAAUUUUAUUUUACGCGUGCUAAACAGAACUCGAAAAACGCAGUUCUGAUCAGGAAAGGUAUCGAGAAUGACCGCUAACCCGAUGAUGAUCUGAUUUUUCAUUGGCCUCACUCUCCUGGUUUCUUACUGUUUUUUUAGUCGUCACUUUGUCCCUUCCUACAAGUUCUAGGUUUGCUUAUGUUUUCUGCCUUGACCUCCAAGGCAUUUUGAGUUACCUUCGACGUCUCAAUGACUGACUUUGUGUUCUGUAUUCAGUUUUCACAAAACCAAAAAGCCUGAUGGGAAUUCUCGUUUUCAAAAUUUAGCUUCCUUCCGCGUUCCAACCAUCACUCCUGAGCGUUCCGGCAUGCCUGUCAAGUUUAUGUGAAUUCCGCGACUAUUCCAGGAAACUGGGGUUCACAAAGUAAGCUCUGACAGAUAAUGCAGUUUACUGUCUUUCAUUCUCCUGCCAGCAACAUUCUCUACCAAAUCGCUUCUUUCUUAGCUUCAUCGGGUUUAGAAUCCAUGUCAUUUAACAUCCAAGGACGCUUUGUUAUGCAGCUUUUCCGGCCUUUUUGGGAGGACUUUGAGCAUCUUAACUUCUGGAGGCCAGGCUUUCAGACCUCUGGCUCCGUGCUGGAACUUCAAUGAAUGCGUAAACGAGAAAACCGUGAAUAACGGGGAAAUAUCGCUUUAUUGUUAAAUGUGAUUGCAGUUUCGACCUGUGUUCGAUUUAUCACACAAUACCAUGGUUUAGGCCAAGUGAUGGCGACUACUGUAUGUCCGCGCCAAUGAAUGCGGGUCAGCAUGGAAGAGAAGCAAGUGUAAAUCACGGUCUCGGCAGUACUAAGUAACAGGUUAAAUUUCGCAGGCUGAGGUGAAGAAACAUUCGAAAAUGGCUGCCGGUAAAGAUCGCCUAUGUGCUUCCCACCCUGACAGGACAUGAGAAAAGCGGCCCCCGCACUAUUGAUGCCUUUACGUUAAGUUCCGAAGGAAUUAGGGUUAAGUUUUAGGUCACUACUAGGGCUAUGACAUGGGGAAAGGUAACUCCCCCCCGCUGGAAUUCAGCGCAUAACCACCUGUAUCACGGGCGAAGGGUAUUCCUAGUCCCGUGUCAUGUCGGAGUGAUAGGAACCCAUAAGUGAUCCUCACUUAGUUGUUGAUCAUGGUUCAAACAACCGCCAGGUAUUUGGUAUUUAGAGUUGCAAAAGUUUAUCUAGAAGGAUCUAGAGGGCUAGUUGGUGACGUACGUUUGCUUUCGAUAGAUUCUCAUCAAGCCAGUGCUUUUAUAUGGUAACGGGAUGAAUUAAAAUAUGUGGGUAAUAAGUGGACUCAACUAACGUCCAUUUUUCCACACAAGUGGGAUGAGGAGAAUAUGCGGGGAUAAUAAGAGGCAGCAAGUAUGAAUCCAGUCAGGUAAUGAUGAUUAAUGUGGAGGGGGUGUUAGGAAGAGCCGUGUCAGAGGAUUGGUUGCGAAUUACACUCGGAAUCUUGUUACUGUUAGAACUCCAAGGCCCCUAACCACUGAGCAAUGGGCUCGUUGUCACGUUGGUUGCUAUCGGGUAUGUACAAUGGUAGAAGGGCGUUCACCGAUCGUGUUACGGAACUCACUCGUCCCGUUUUGUCUUGGGCCUCUCUCUUGAGCCCAACCAGAAGCCGCACAGCGGCGUAUAGUAUAGGAAACUGAUUUUGUGGCGGUCUUUCUCACGACGAUCCCGCACAUACAAGGCAUAACCAUCCCGGUGGCGGCAGCAGGAGUUAUUGGUAAUUACCGUAGACGAACUGGCUUCUGCGGGUGGAAUUUUUACUAAGCAUGCCUAUUUCCACGGCAAGGGCAACGAAUCCGCUCAGCGGUAGCUCCUACGGAAGAUGGACUAAGUUACUUGUCCACUGCCCGUGCCAAUUUGCUGCACUCUGGUUGUGUAAGCGGGGCCUCUUUUCUUAAAAUAGAUCUUAGAUCUUCCAUUUCAGUAGUUAUUGCAUGUUCUAACACCUUAACUGCUUUGUUUUUGCCUAAUGCGAGUUUCAUUUCGCGUGGUGUCCUGACAGUUUCUGGGUAGCAAAAUUGGAUAUAGAAGGCUUUUUCGACAGCAUUGACCACGCCCAACUUCGUCAGGUCUUCAAUCGCGUACUUACCCUGGCAAGUCUGAUACUUAUUUUGAACUUACGGCAAAAUUUUAUGUAGCUUUGUUGCGGCUGGGCUUGCCGAACGUUCUGCGGCAUAGUCAUUUUUCGAUAAAUUUCCAACUGUCUUAAAUACUUUUUUUCUCCUUAGGCCAACACAUUCACUGUAUUCCCAUUCAACACGGAUUUCCUCACUGUAGAACUGGAUAAUUUUUUAAACAAAUAUAUUAUCCAGGUGCGUGCUUUCUGUAUAAUUGGUUAUUUGACGCGAAUUCGCUCUGAAGAUUUUGUAGAUGAAUAUUCGACUUCUGCUGUAUUCAAGUCCUGGAUUGUAUUACCACACUAGUAACCGGUGAAAUAUCGUUUUUCGCAAUCUAUCAGACAGAGGAGAGAGUUUACUUAUAAUUGAGCCUUUCAUGUAGCGACUUCGGUUACUCAUCUUCGUGCGGAUAGUGAAAGGAUCAGUCGCCCAGCAGAACGACAUUAACUCCCUCUGGAGACGCAUCAGACCAGCGAGCAUCUACAAGCAUCCGUUAGGAGGGGAAUAUCCCGAGGGAAUAGGAAUGAGGAAACCAAUUGACCCACAAUGUCAUGGCGAAGCAUUCAAUACGUAAAGGGUGCCUUCGCGACCGUAGACAGAUUUUGCUCACAAGUCAUUCACUCAAAGGCCAAACUCAACAGCCCGCCGGCAGGUAAUGAAUCCGGAAGACCUCAUUCCCAACCAGAGGUCAGCCGUUGGCUACCGACUUUAAUACAGUUAGGGAAACAUACUGAGAGCUGUUGAUUUAGAUGCAGGGACAUCAACUAGCGGUGGGGAUGUUAGUCUUCAAGUCGCACAUUAUGGUCCAUGCUGCGCAUACAGGGCACAUUGUCAAUCCUGAUGAUGUUUUGGUGGUGGACCAAGGUGGCAAGUCAUCACAACGACUGCGAGACGCGUAGCUCUAAAUCGACCACUUAUUCAACCGCCACAUUUACAUGCCUACGGACUAUUUGGCUUUGCGUUGCCGCUUGGUAAUAUGCAGUCAGUAAGUCGGACUGUUGAAACCGCCAAUUGUCGUCACAACCAAUCAGGAACUGAAACCAGCUUCCCACUCGGAGUUAACAUUGACUAUCUUCGCGUCAGGCGCGAUGCCUUCAGGACCUUUACGCCUUAUAUAAAAGUCUGUACCUUUGUUGGUCCCCCUCAGUAAAUGCCUGCCCAAUAACUAUGUCGUUAACUGUACCCACCUGGAGUACGGCAUCGUCGGAAUGGGGUUCGAUACGGGAGUAGAUUUUGCCACCAAGUCCAUGCGUCUAGCCAGCUAUGGAAGCUUUGGGUGGCUUUAACGGCCACUUAAGUAACCGAUCAGGAAAUGGACAACAGCACACUGACGACAAAAGCCGAACAAUGAUGACAAAACCAACCACUGAUGACAGGCUCCAAUCGCUAGUGUGAUAGUAGGAGAUCUUUCGGUCGGGGCCGGGGAACGCACAGGUGAUGAGGUGAUGCAAAAGAAAAGCUAUUGGGAAUGCGCGGCUGUGCUUUGAGCGGUUGAGAAAUAGUUGCCCCGACCCCAACAGUAUUGUAUCCAACAGGUGGAGCUACACAAUCACAUCCUACCGAUCCCUGGGGCGUGGUCCGAGUCUUUUAAAUCAAUCCCCUUUCACUACUUGACGAGGUUGGCAGAUCAUGCACUCCAACCUACGCCAGUGAGUGCUCGUGAGAUUGCACAAAACAGGGGACAGUCUGGAAGGGCAUUAAGUAGUUUUCCCAAAAACGCUGCACCCCAAGAUUGCCGUCCGCCAAAUACUGAAAAAAUACCGUUUUCCCGCAUUAAACAGUUUAGCCGUCGCCAAUGUUCAUGUCCACCAUGUGCCCCACAGCAUGCAAGUCACCGUCCCUGUGCCCAACUAAUAGUAAUAGUAGGCUUGCGCUGCAUCUACCGUCCUCUCUCCUGUCACCCUCCUGGGUCAACUAUCAGAAAGACCGGAGGCGAGAUCGGACUCAGGUGACUAGUGUGGCAUGAGCCUGCAUCCAGGCGGACCACCACAACCCCUGACCAGCGCACAAAUGACCAGAAUUUCACCCAACAAGAAGGGUUGAGGGGCGGCUUGGAUCCAAACCGAAUGGGAGUGCCAUGAAGGCCACACCAAGGAGCCAUUACAGCCUGACUCCGUCCUGAACGGAGGUCCGAGUUACCCCGUCAGUUGGCAGCCUUCUAAGCCACGGCUUUUAGAGCUCACCGUGAUAGAUUCGAUCGCGUCGGACUUUUUAUUGGAGGAAUAUGAGCUGACUGUCCCUCUUCCACGCACUUGUCCACCGCCCGAAUCGGUCAGUUUUCUGAUGCGGUAUUAGGCUCAGUGGCUGACAGAGCUAGAGGCUCAACUGCGCAUGCCGUGUACACGGCCUGUCUCCCUCCCCUCACUCAACAUACCAGGAUUUAAGAAGGAGACACGAUCGCCGGGACAAGAGCUUUAUUAGCCUGGCGUUUCAGAUUCCUGCCCGAAUCCAUCAUCAGAGACAAAAGCAGAUACGGCGGUUCAUGCACAAGGGACUGCAGUAUUUAUAGUAUGCAGUCGCCAUGCCAUCGCAUACCUAUGAAUAUUCACUUUGCAGGACCGGUUAGAGUCGCUGGUCUUCCAGAACUGCCAUGUGGAUGACACCUUCGUCGUCAUCGACCGGGAUCAACUGCGGACAUUCAAGGAACAUCUGAAUGCGGUCUUCCCGGACAUACAAGUUACGAUGGAGGAGAAUGAGAACAACCAGCUGGUCUUCCUGGAUGUUCUCGUAUGCCGGAAAGAUUGUGGUGGACUAAAGACCAAAGUGUUCAGGAAAGCGACAAAUACGAUGCAGGUACUGAACUUCAACAACAACCACCCGACCAGCCACGAACGCAGUUAUGUAAGGACGCUCUAUCGGCGUGUCGAAACGGACUGCAGUGAGUCGGCGAAACUCGGCCCUGACCAGGUGCAUAGGUCUGACGACAGAUGCUGCCGCCUGUCGUCCCACUUUUCGACGAUACCCCGCUCCAGUUAACCUCAUCUAUGAUCCUGUUUUGUGAACAGGCGUUUAUUGAGGGCAUUAAAGUGCACCUGCUCACACGAGGGUUUACAGCGUGCUCUCAGCUAACGUGUUGAAGUCUUGCAGGACGCAUGGCACCUGCAGGCUCUUUGAAAUAUUCGACUUCUCCAUGCUCUACAAAAUAGAUUUUGUGGGUGGAUCUUCCCGUGCGUCUGAGCAACUGGCUACUGUUUGUCUUGUUAGUGUCCGACCACUAUUCCUUUCAGAGGCUUUCGGCACAUUAGCACUUUUAUCUGCGUCAUUUUUGUUGAGUCCUUUGCAUCUUUUUCUUCAUCAUUACCAGUUGGGCGGACAACUGUUCUGUCAAACCCGAGGCAUUCCCCAGGGAUCCUGCAUAUCCGCGGAUCUGGCCAAUCUAUUUUUGGCCAACACCGACCGUACCUUCUUGGGUCAGUACUGUUGGGCCCUCGAUCGCACUAGGAAGGUCCUGUGCAAGUCCGACACCCGCCGGUCUUCGCCGCCAGUGGCUGUUCUGCGCUAUCUGGAUGACUACCUCUGCCUAGCAUCAUCGUCGGAACAUCUCACUUGUGUAGUUGAUGCCGUUAAGCACGGUGAUUUACCAGGCUCUUCGCCAUCCGUCUUCUCUAGGCUAUCUUAAAUAAUAUCUUUCUUGACCUCCAUCCUAUUUUAUAUUCUUCAUCCAUUAAUUUAGGAGUUGCUGCCGUUGGACUUCGUUUGAACUCUAACAAAGAGAAGACCAAUGUUGGCAGUCUGGGUAGGUUUUUGAAGACCCCCUCCCCACUUAAACUGCACACCUUAGUUAUAAAGGGUUGACUGAAACACCUAAAAUAUUCGUUGUACACUUUAGGUCAACCAGUGAUGUGGUUGGGAGUUGAGGUUAGACGUGACCUCAGUCUCCUGCUCCCAAGUAUUUCUCCCUUUCCACGUGAGUAUGUUUUGUAACACGUACAAACUUUUGUGGCGAAUUACCUGCCGCUCGGUGUUGAUGUAGUGUCAUUCAGCCCAGCAAGCUUUUAUCAUUUGUGCGCACAUACUAUCAUUAUAUCCUGUCUUCUACUUCUUGCCCCGUUCUGAAAAUUCCAUUCUUAGAAGGUUCAUUGUAGGUCGUCUAAACUUACCCCGCAUUAUCAAGUUGAUAUCCACCUGUUUCGACACGCGUUAAGCAACAAUUGCCACUCAUGGAGUACCUUUGCUUGAUAUCAGUCCUCAGCAAGUUGGAAAUGACAAGGUAGAUGUAGCGUAUCUCACAUUCGUUUGAUUUUCUCAAACUAUGUUCGUUUGGGACCUAUUUGACUAAACGGGUGUUCUGAUUCGUCACCAGAAACAGCAGUUUUGCUAGUUUUUUCCUUCAAUAAUGUCCAGAUAAAAUCCUCCUAGUUGCUAGUGUCUUAGUGAUUCCUACAACAUACCAGUUAAAACGAAACAUCUCAUUUAACAGAGAGCUGACUUUUCUUGAUGACUCCAUUGUGGCUCUUCAUGUAAACACCGAAAUUACGUAGACUGCUUGAUAAGAGCUUAUGCACCCAGAAACCUUGUCCCGGCCAUGAAAAUUCACUUUUACGUCAAAAUGUAUUGAACGCUUGAUGAACAUAUCGCACAAUGUCUCAUCCGAAUCUUUUUCAAACGAAGGGUCAACAGUAUAAAUGGAAGCCUACCCUAGUAGGACCGAUCGUACCCGCUCCGAUCCCCGGUUGUUACAAAUGCACGUGUCCCACUAUGCAAAAACAAGGCAACAAGCAAGAGAAAUUUAUGCCGAAAUAGACCACCUGGAAGGUCGCACUGUAACUUCCUGUUGGGACUUUACCUCCUUAUGAGGUCCCGAGUAUGAAAACUAGGGCAGAGACGCAGUGGGCGUGGUUUUUUACAAGGAAAUAACUGUGUUUCCGAUGUGAAUACGUCUGCAUUGGCAGCUCAUUAGUCGCACCAUCAAUCUCCGGAGCUGAACCAGUAAGAGGGAAGACGAACGAAAAUGAAACAAAGAGGUUUCUGACUCAGGGCGCAUACCGAUGUGCGAGACGAAAUUGCAUUUUCAUCAAGGGCAGGGUGCGUAAAUAAUAAACAAAUUGUCUUAUUUAGUACCCAUAAGGGUGCGUCCAUGACACCGGGGCAUAUCUGACGGAUCUCUGUAAUUAUAUUUUACUCUCGGAUAUUACAUUGCACCUUUGUGUUAGGGGAGUCGACACUUUUCUCUUAAUGCACGGUGCUUACAUCGAUGCCGUUCAAUGUAACAGCAAUAAUAUGUAUACUUAUGGGUGCGGAAGGCGAUGAUACCAUGGAAUUCAAUUUUCAACGACUGGAGUACUUAAACAAAGCUAUUAGACGGAAGGAGGUUAUUUACACAGUUUUGGUGGCCAUCGCCCAACGUUAGCUGCAAUGCAUUUAGAAGCGGCUGUAUCUACCCACUCACCAAACUUGGCAGUUUUCACAUUUGCCUUGUAAGCGUACACCGGUUUCCUCAAUUGAUCGUACAAUCCCCUUAAAAUACAUCUCUGUUAAACGCGCCUUUGACACAUUUGCCUAGGUAUCUUACUCUCGCAACCCCCUAAUCAGGCGAUUUAUUGGUCUUGGUUCUCCAAUUUUGUUUUCCAUUCCGACUGUUGGUGGUGGAGUCAGUGCAGAUCCUAAAAUCUGUUCUUUGUCUGUUCUUUACUCCAGAGCUUACAAUAACAGCACACAAAAUCCCCAAGUCUAGGUAAUGCAUUUUGGGACGAUUAACGAGGCCGAUUUACUGGUGAAAUGAUUGUUAUAAGGGUAUUGCGUUCACCACAGCCCAACUCACUAAGUCAAUUUGGUCAAUACCUUUGUAUGCUGCGGGUGUAAGGAUGCGAUUUCAGUCAUCUUAUACCCUUCGUUGGACUUUCACUAUCUUAGUAUGACUCGUCCAUAUGUGGAUUAUGCACUUAAAGAUCAUGUUGUGCAAUGCCGGUUAUUAUUUCCUUGGCGGUUAGUCCAAACCUUGGGAGCUCAGCUAUUUACCUUCCCAUCUGAUUGAUGCCAUAUCCGGAAACGUGGAAUAAUCAUUCACGUAAGUUCGAGUAUAAACAAUAAUUUUCCGCCUAUAAGCAUCGGCUCUGCCAGUUUCGCUCUCUAAACUCUCUCAGUACACAAACAGGCUUUAGCGCUUCCCGUAAGCAGGUUUUUUGACUUUCUGUUCUUCUUUUAUAUUUUAGUGUUUUUUUCAGCCUUUCCUUUUUCUUCGUUCUUUUGAGCGUGAACCUUGUUGAAUACCAUCAUUUGGGUGUUUGUUCUGAGGGUAUUUUGUCCGUGAUGGAUGCGGAUUCUUAUAUUGUACUUUUUUGAACAAAAUAAAAAUUUGACAUGACAAAAAUAAUUGAUUGACAUUUUUUAUAAUAGAUGGCCUGUAAUAGUUACAAUCUCGCCGCAGCAAGUCAUAAUUUCAAAUAAUUACAAAUGGUUUAUUAGAUAAGACAUUUGACAAUGAGUGUUUUAUCCGAGAUUCCUGCAGAAAUUCUUCGGACUGAUCAACCAAAACAGGGUGGGCGCCUACUUGUUUUCCUGUUAUUUCUCUCUCCCUUUCUCUUCACCUUAAAUUUACUUAGCCAACUGGGAUCUUCACGUUUUUAGUGCGUAGCAGCCGUUUCAAAGGUUAUCCAAGGUCGGUGACUGCUUGUAUCGCCUAUCUCAGGCGUUCUCUUUCCCAGCUCUCUCAUUUUCAAUUUGUUUGUGCUGAUCGUCCGAAGUCCCAUCUGCAUGGUUGCUCUUCUUUUCACAUUGGACCACCAGGCAAGCUAUAUUUACAAGGAAUUGCAUGUGCAUCUUGUUUCGUUUUCGCUAAGAUCACAAUGGGCCUCACGCUUUCUGGUUGUCACCAUUCAACGAACUCCUCGGACUCCGAGAAGUAGAACUCUAAUGACACUGGAACUAUGAAAAUAUCAACCAGUGAGAUACGUUCAAUCCUAAUUUUAAUGACAGCUAGGGGCCCGGGUGUCCUAGACUGCCAGGCUGUCAGUCAUACUCCUGUUGACUGAAGACGGUUAUCUGCAUUCAUCUUAGGUGGUAAUUUGCUGACUUCCUAGGCCACAUCUAGGUAAUUAAAAAGCGAAUCUUCUUUAAUGUUUUAUUGCUGUCUUUCCUCAAGGACUUCUUGUUUUCUAGUUCUUGCCGAGCAAAGAAUUACCCCCAGUUCACCUUGCCUGAACUCAUACCGUGCUCGCAGCUUCCCGUCUGCGGUAUCAAUAGCCGAAUAUUAUUCCCAUCUCCCACAUCACACAAGUACUCGUCUCGCAUUCCUUUGGAACUCGUUGUGAUUUCGCAUCGACGUUACCGUAGUGCAACAGUAAGAGGGAGCUAUCGAGACCUUGUUGUCGACCCUAUCAACUGGUGACCUUUUAAGUCCUCUUUAAGGCGCAGUGAUGGCUCAAGAGGGAUCUGGAGUUAUUUAAGAUAUCGCCACUUUCGGCUGUAAUGAUGCUUCUCUGCGUGUUUAUCGGAUCCCCGUGCAUUAUAGACCUGAACCUGGAUGCGAAAUUCUAUUUUACGUUUUAGUCUCAAGCUGCUUGAAAACUCAUUUCGCCAAUCAUACCAAUGCCUCUAGACUGGGUGCCUACGCUGCGGACGUCUUCUGGAAUGUGGCGAAGUCCUGCCCUCAGCGUUCUAGUCUACUAUCACGGAAUAACUCACGGCGCGUCGCGCGUACGUUAAAAAUUUCCGAAAAAUAGUUUAUUCUAUAGUAGACUGGUAGUACAAAGUAGGUAUCCAGUGCCCUGUCAGUGACACGGCUUGCUCCUCUGAGACUAUACGAUGCUUCUCUAGCCGGCGAAGUACAAUCAUUUGGGAUGAGUGGAUGGGAUUAAUCGUAUUCUUUCUGUACAAAUUUGAUCGUCAUAGGGUUUUUGACAGUUCCCUUUACGAAGUACUUAAAUAAUCGAACUCGUUUGCAUUCAAACCUAAGAUAAGUAUUAAAGUAUCUACAUUUUUCUGUUGGUUUUAUUUGGUCAUCACUGACGUUAAUGUCUUAUGUUCACCUGUUCUUUGCUCCCCCAGUGUAUUAAACUAAAAACCUUUUCUCUACCCGUUUUUAUUCUUCAUCAAAAGACCUCCAUUAUCUUUUCGGGGUGGGGUUACAUUGAAGAGAUAAAAGCUCUUAAGACUGUACUUAAAAACACUCCCGUAAGUGUAUGUGAAUCAGGGUGCUGCUGACUGCCCUCUAUUUAUUCUGUUUUGAGACUGGCGAGCCUUAACCCAAGACUACUUCAAUGGCUUUGGCUUUCAGUCCAAUAAAACGUUUCACACUGAUCCCCAAUCUCUGCCGCUGCAGUAGAUAUCUAACGACGUUAUGCCUAUGCAAGACCUCUGGCUACGCUUCCUGCAGUUUAACCUAGUGAAUUACGCGGUUUCUCAGAAAUUGCAUAUUUACAGCACCCAUAAGCGAUGCCUUUGUAUUUCCUCAUAAUUAUAUGAGCGUCUUUUGCAACGAUCGUAGUAACUGCUGAACGAAGUUCAUACACUGGGAGAUACAGUAAAUUUUUGUGCUUUUACUGAAAUUUAUCCGCAAUUUUUGGACCUCAGACAUGUACAUUUGUGGAGGAAGCCAAAAUGAGGAAGGGUAUGCAAGCUUAUACAGUCCUUUUACUAUUUUCAAUUCAAUGUAACCCGGACGACCUCAUUUGCCUACUAUUGCGAAUUUAUAGUGGUUGGCGAAAGUGUUAAAAUAACUGUCCUACCUGUGUAGUGCUAUCUAUCAGGGACCUCAAUCUGACGUAUAAUUUCGUUUUGCCAAGACAGUCCGACCAAAAUGUCUUCAUUGUUUCGGUUUCAUUUUCCGCAACAUUCUAGCAGAAGAUUCUGACAAAAUUCCAAUUAGCUCACACGACUCUUCACUCAUUCCUCCAAAAACUAUCUAAUUUCAACAUCCUAGAAUGCCGCUUUUCUGACGGUCUGUUUUUCGUCAACUCUUCUCGAAGCCAAAUCGUCUCACAUGUCACUCGGUGGUCAGUGAACCGCGUCUUUAGCCUAAAGCGUUGACGGUUUCAGUUUACAAUGCACUCAACGCGAGUUAUAUUGCAAUUCACUGGGGUCCGAUUGGCUCUUCUUUCAAGUCUUAAGGCUUCCUCUGUGCUCAGGGCUACCAGCUUUUAAGGAUGUCUGGUGGCAGAAAUUUGAUUCUAGAAAGGCAUCUGGAUCGUCCGCAAGCGCCUAACAGAGCACCCUUCUCUGGAUGUAAUCCUCCUUCAGUUCUGCUCCAGAUGAUUUCUUUUGGGCACUUUUGUUUGCCUACUCAGCUCUGUAGACGGCUUAUGAAGUAGAAAUACAUAGGGUUAGCAGAGAAUGAUAGUUCCACCCUUCAUAGAUGUUUUGACAGAGCUCGAAUAAUUCUUGUUGACCCAACUGUGAAAAAUCCGGCUCCGCGGUGGGAUUCGAACCCACGCAGUAAGGGCAAGGCUUUAGUACAGUCAACGCUCUAACCACUUGAGCUCCGAGGCCUCGCCGGACGACGCGAGUUUUAUCAUAUUUGGGUCAGGCUAGGAAAUCCUGCUUGGGCAGUCAACUUACUAUAUCAGAUUUGGUGGAUUCCAGACGUUGCAGUAGGUUGAGCGAGUAACUUGACUCAAAUGCGAUUAAACUCGCGUCGUCCGGCGGAGCCUCUUAGCUCAGGCGGAUAGAGCGUUGGCUGUACUAAAGCCUUCGUAUUACUGUCGUAGGUUUGAAUUCCACUGAGGCGCUGAGUUUUUUACAGUUGGGUAAAUAUGAAGAGAAACGCAUCCUUAUAAGUGCCUUUUACCUAGUCUGUAACUUUCAAAACGUCAGUUUUUUUCUAAAAAUCAGAACAAGUCAGAUGCCAUUUCGUAUGCCUUUUAAAACUGACUUCGGAUGCUAAAAUGCAGCUCCAAGUGCGAGUGCUUUUUUAAGUUUUGCGCAAUGAGUUACGUGAUAUGAUAUCCAAGUCUUUCCUCAAAAUUCGGUUAAGAUACUCGUUCUAAAACGGAGGGAGGGUUUCGACGUUCACCGAAUCCCUACGCACUACUGUAUCCUUAUAACCGUUUUUUUGCUAAAACAACAAACGCAGCAAAUUCUUCUUCCAAUGGCACUCUGUGUACCUGCUUAGUAACAGACCCCAUAUUUUAAGGAUGUUUUUUUAGGUGCACCUGGACAUUGGUAUGACAGAACACCUCCUGUGAUUAUUUCUGUUUCGUCUGUUUACACGUGGCUAAUAAAACCUCUGCCUGUUUGGGGGAACUUGUAGUCACAGAUGAUCUAUCUCCUGAGCUAUAGGACGUGCUCUUGGGCCAUGUGUGUGAACGAUAUUUCCACCCUGGGGCUCAUUUUUGGGCUGUAUGAGUUUCCUGUCUCUGUAGUCUGCCAUACUAACACUGUUUUCGCUCGUCAAAGCAUUUAGACUACCAUAAGGAUUCAGCACAUUGCAGACUGGUUGACUUUUAAGUUCAUUCUUAGAUCUCGCUAACUUUAUGUUUUUACACAUUUUAGUUAUCAUCCUUCUGCAGUUUUGCACUUUUCUCGUCGACAUCUGGCGAAUUAAUUUGGCACGGACAAGUUUUUUACAUCGCCUCGCGGCAUACAAGGGACAAUUAAAGUGGCUUUUCGAUUGGUUACAGUCUCCUGGUCAACUCUUUCCACAAUCGACUGGAAACGCCAACAAGGCUGA